UUCCAACUGCUUUGUGGCGCCAAAACAUCAACUUUUGAUUGAAUUAUAAGACGUGAUCGACUCACUGUAAUUGUUACUGAGCGUUUUGAUAUGAAAUAUGUCUCCAAGUAAAAUAGGACUGCUGGCUGCUUUGUUUGAUUUGAUUUUAAAGUCGAAUCCAUUGCCAUUGUUUGAUUGUCCAUCAGAAUGGAUUGAGCAUAAUUCACAGUGCUACAAAUUUGUAUUUCAUCCACAUGAAACAUAUACUAAAGCUCAAGUUUUUUGUAAGGAGAAUGGAGGAGAAGUUCUUGGAGUAGAAAGUCAGACAGAACACUCAUUUGUUAGAAACUGGUUGCUCAAUUUUGACAUCGAAAGGCAAGUGGCUAGCUACAGGGACCAGACAUUACUAUACUAAUUAAUUUGUUGUGUUUGUGUGUGAAUUCACGGGGCAUUUAGACAUCAACAUUGUAGGUUAGUUUCCAACGAUCUAAUAAAUUUAAACAUUUUGUAUA